AAGACGCGAAGUGUUUGAAUAGCUUAUAUUUAGAAAUUGGAAUUAUUUUCCAAUUAAAUACAUGUUAAGACUGUGUGAAGUUCAAUUUAAUCAAAAUGGCACGGAAUGCAGAAAAGGCUAUGACCACGCUGGCAAGAUGGAGGGCUGCUCAAGUUCAAGAGGCAGGUGGUCAGCGCGAGAGGAGACCGUACCUUGCAUCAGAGUGCACUGACCUACCACAGGCUGAAAAAUGGAGACUGCAGAUUGUUAGAGAAAUAGCUAAGAAAGUUGCUCAAAUCCAAAAUGCCGGUCUUGGAGAGUUCCGUAUUCGGGACCUGAACGAUGAAAUCAACAAACUGAUGAGAGAAAAGCGGCAUUGGGAAGUCCAGAUAAAGUCGCUUGGGGGCCCGGAUCACGCGCGAGUCGGUCCGAAAAUGCUCGACCAGGACGGCAAAGAGGUCCCCGGUAACAGAGGAUACAAAUACUUCGGAGCUGCUAAAGAUCUACCAGGUGUUCGUGAGUUAUUCGAGCAGGAACCGCCGCCGCCGCCGCGCAGAACGCGAGCUGAUCUCAUGAGGGAUGUGGACGCUGAUUACUAUGGAUAUAGAGACGAUGACGACGGGCUCUUGAUGCCUCUAGAACAAGAAGCUGAGAAAGAAGCCAUAGCACAAGCAGUAGCCGAAUGGAAGAGUAAUAAAGAACAAAAUAAGGAUCAAGACUUACCUGAGGAAGAGGAUAUUUAUCCGGAGGACCCUGACGACAAGCGAAUAGAAGAUGAAGAAGGCGAACCCGUCAGGCAAGUAGUGACGUCGCACGUCGCUGUUCCAUCACAGAAGGACAUAGAGGAGGCUCUGCUCAGGAGAAAGAAACAGGAACUUCUAGAAAAGUACGGGUGUAUGGACGUCAAGGUCGAACAGAGUUGACAGAAGUGAUUGUAUUAUGUAAAUAAAUAAGGUUCUAUAUCUA